AUGAUCCUCUCAGUGCUUUCUAAAAAGUUUCGUGAGCCCGGUGACAAGGCCCUACUGUCCAACAUUCUCGAUGAUCUCGCGAACACUACUCUUUGCCUUGACCACAUGGGCUCUGCCAAAGAGGCCCGCGAUCAGUGGUACACGGAGUUGAACGGCGGUGGUGUUCUGUCUAAAAUGAAAGCAACCUAUGGCAACUUUCUUGACGGGAAUUUUUCUGAUGAGGAAGAAGAUUCUGAUGAUGUGGAUGUUAAUGAGAAGGGAACGCCUGUUCUUCACGUUCAAUCAUCAUCAAUCAAAUGGGUGCUCUGUAAGCCGGGCAUACACGAGUCGGCAGUCGCCGAGAACGUCACUCAGCUAUUGGAGAGCAAGCUUGAAGGCUUGAAUUCUCGAUGUGGGUGGAUAUACAUUUUCUCCACCGACGCCGAGGGGAUGUUCAAGAUUGGCUUUUCCACGCGUCCUCCCAGUCUGCAUCGGUUUGCAGCUCAUACCGCCUGCUAUAAGCAUUUCAAAGAGAUCAUGACUGCCUUGAUACCUUAUGCUCGUCUGGUGGAGCAGCUAGUCUUGACCGAGCUUGCAAGUAAGCGUUGCAGGCUGGCAGAGAAAUGUAAAUGCCGGAACAUUCACAGAGAGUGGCUUAUGAUCGAUCAGCACACUCUUCUGCGGACUGUUGAGAAAUGGAUUCAGUUCAUUGAGACUUACCCGUACAGUGCCAAUGGAGUCUUGAAGAAAGGCUUGGUGCUACCUUCUCCUGCUUUGACGCGUAAGCGGCCCCAGAAGUCGAGAUCGUCAACUCCCAAAAAAGGACGAGGACUCGACUCCUAA